ACUCUGUCUCUCAGGCAGUCUGGAUCCCACAGAAGACACGCAGACACGCGGCGCAUCUCGUCACAUGCAGCAGAUCACAACCCGCCCCGCCCCCAGCAGCGCUGACGCCUGCCUCAGCAUCGUUCACAGCCUGAUGUUCCAUCGGCAGGGAGGCGACAACGAGGGCUUCGCCAAGCGCGCCAUCGAGAGCCUGGUGAAGAAGCUGAAGGAGAAGAGGGAGGAGCUGGACUCCCUCAUCACCGCCGUCACCACCAACGGCCUCCACCCGAGCAAAUGCGUGACCAUCCAGAGGACGCUGGACGGGCGGCUGCAGGUGGCGGGUAGGAAAGGCUUCCCCCAUGUGAUCUAUGCCCGUCUGUGGCGAUGGCCGGACCUCCAUAAGAACGAGCUGAAACAUGUGACCUUCUGUCAGUUUGCCUUCGACCUAAAGUACGACAGCGUGUGUGUGAACCCGUACCACUACGAGAGAGUGGCGUCCCCCGCCGCCGCAGGUCCAACGUCUCUGAUAAAGGAGGAGUUCAUGCAGGACUCGCCCCCUCAAUCUGACCCAUACAGCCAGCCCCGCCCUCUCAGCAUGUAUCCCAGCAUGCCCCUCUCUCCUUCAGGCAGCAGCUCCAUGUCGGCUGUCGGUUGUGGGAGGGGCAGAGGGGGGGUCUGUAGCGAUGGCCCCGGGCUACUUCAGACCGCCCCCCCCCAAAACCAUGAAGGCCAUGCAUCCCCCUCUCACCCCCCCCAACUCAGCCCUCACAAUCCCACCGCGCCACCGCAGCCCGACUACAGCGGCCCCCCCAAAAGUGGUAAAGAAGACACACCUGUGCACACACCUGUACUGAAGUACAACACAGCCACCUGGCCAGGUAACAACUCCGCCCCCUACAGCCCUACAGGACGGAAAGGGCGGAGCCACCACCAGCCUCCAUUAGAUCAUCAUCAACACGCCCCUAACAGUCACUUGUGGUCACAGCACCACAGUUCUUCCUCGUAUCCACAGGCGGUGUCCAACCACCCCGGUCCAGAGUUCUGGUGCUCCAUCUCGUACUUUGAGUUGGAUGUGCAGGUCGGGGAGAUGUUUAAGGUCCAGUCCAGCUGUGCUCUGGUCACCGUGGACGGCUACGUGGAUCCUUCAGGGGGAGACCGUUUCUGUUUGGGACAGCUGAGUAAUGUCCACCGCACCGCCUCCAGCCACCAGGCCAGGCUUCACAUUGGUCGGGGGGUGCAGCUGGAAUGUCGCCGGGAGGGAGACAUCUGGAUGCGUUGCCUUAGCGACCACUCACUGUUCGUCCAGAGUUUGUACUUGGACCGCGAGGCGGGCCGAGCUCCGGGAGACGGGGUCCAUAAGAUCUACCCCGGAGCUUACAUCAAGGUCUUUGACCUGAGGCAGUGUCACAGGCAGAUGCAGCAGCAGGUGACAGCGGUUGUUGGUGCGAUUUCGGGGCCGAACGGCGUGGGUGGGAUCGCCCCUGCAGUCAGUGUGUGUUCCUCAGCAGGCCUCAGCGUGGACGACCUGCGGCAGUUGUGCACUGUGCGCAUGAGCUUCGUCAAAGGUUGGGGGUGCGACUACCCGCGUCAGAGCAUCAAGGACACACCCUGCUGGCUGGAGGUCCACUUGCAUCAAGCGCUGCAGCUGCUCGACCAGGUGCUACACACGCUGCUGCCACGAGACCACGUUGUCUGACACGGCCGUGCUUCCUCUGUGGGCUUCGGGUGGGCGGGGCUUAGUUCACAGUACGACCAAUCAGCACAGAACUUUGUUCGGGAGACGUUGCAAACCUGUCAGGGGGAUCAGAACACCUUCAGACAAUCAGAUCACCGCAGUAUUGCAUCUUUCCUGUCAAAUGAGUUCCCAUGGUUACCAGCAUCCAAUUUUGCACAUUAGAAGGGUCAGUUUUCUCCUUUUGGAAAGCUCAUUAUUAAUUGUUUUGUACUUCACUUCCAGAUUUCUGAAAAGUUGUAUCCAAGGUGACUCAGACCGUUCGAUAGGUUCAAUUCCUGGACAGUUUAGUUUCUAAAGGCUUAUGUGGGUUAUGGUUCUUGGCAUUGCCAUCUUGUUUUUCCAAUCAGUGUUACAUUACAUGUCAUUUAGGUGACGCUUUAAUCCAAACCGACUAACAAUAAGUGCAUUUCAACAAUAAGGAAACACACCCAGGAUAACAAAAAAGUGCAAUUUCACACAUCUGGACAGGAAUAGGUAGAGAAUAUGUAGUCUCUGGAAGAGACCUGUCAAUCACUGUCGCCCGCCCUCAGCGCCCUGCCAUCCCCUGCUUUAUGGUUUGUUUGACUCUAAUUGGACUAUCAUUUACUAAAUAAACAUCAUGCUGUAUUGGAUCAUUCACCAGGGGGCUACUGCACGAAACCCGGAUAAGAGAUUAUGUCGGGAUAUUCAGGUUAUCCUGGAGGAACUUACCUCUGACUUGGUUGCACGAAAGCAGGUUGAAUUAAACCCGGCCAAGGAGCGAUUUAUUCUUUGCAGCUAAGAGCCAGGCUAAGAUUAAUCCUGCAGUCUCAUGUGUUAAAUCAGCUGAUCUGAUCCCAAACAAACGGGUUUAACAGAUGAGGGCGAUUUCUAAAGUCAAUUCGCCUGUUUCUUCCUGCAACAUGAUGCCCAUUUCUGAACCACGUGUUGGAUGAAGAAGCUCUGACACUGAGACGUGCUCUCAGACGUGAGAAGGUGUUUAGAUGGACCAGCAUGAAGCUCUCACCAUCCCACAGAUGCUCUGCAUGGCACUGAGCUUCUUAUAUGACGAACCUGUAAAUAAAGACACAAUUUGCCGUACUGUCAGAAGGGCGUGUUUGGCACUGAAGUCCUUAGCUCACAUCUUUAUUACCUUCAUGGCCACAGAAGAAUGUGGUACAUCAAAGAGGAUUUCCACAAGAUUGCAGAUAACAUGAAUUAUAGAUUUUCAAUAAAGGUUUAGAUCAAAAAUGA